AGAGAUUGGGAAGACUGGAUGUGGCAGAGGUCAGCUGACUGACACUGCAGGGUGGAAACGAUAGCAUUCCACUUUGUGCGAACGGUGUUGAACUACUCCUUAGGCUUGAACGCUAAGUUUAGCCGCUCUUGCCUGUUUACCAUUGUAACAUGGCGAUAAAGAAGUGACACGGUAUGACUCAGUUUUUACCAUAUUGAACGCUAAUCGCCAAAUUCAAAUUCUGAGAACGCUCCAUUUCUGCAAUGCUGCCAAUUAGGCCAUCUAACCGACGUGUAAACGACACUUUGAUGUAGUGUUUAGCGUGUUGUCGGGGACAGGCGCCGCGGGAGGCGGGGCAAAUAAGCUGGCCUACACUGAAGCGCGCCGCCGCCGCCCACCGCCGGCGCAGUCAGUCGUGGUUGGGAUCGUGCAGCGCGCGCGGCGCCGAGCCAGUGGCGGUGACGGAGCGCGGAGCACGGUGGCCGGCUCCGGCCUGUGGUGGUGAGCUGUGAGGUGUGAGCAUCGCCCUGUGAGAGCACCAGCAGCUGAAGUUUCAGGGGAGGAUCACAGAGUCGAUUUCUCACAGAGGAGUGAGGAGUGAGGAGUAGCGGCUGAGGACCAGUCCCCGGAGGACCGCCUCCUGCACAGGAUGUCGGAGACCGGUAACGGCGACUCCUCCGCUCCGGACACCCCUGUUCGGCAGACCGACAGUCCGGCGGACAGCGCGGCCACUCCAUCCGACAAACCGUCCACGCCGGCCACCCCGGCGGCCGAGCCGGCCUCCCCGGCCACCCCCGCGGCCGCCACGCCGUCCACGCCCGGCGGCUCAGAGAACGGCGAGGCGCGGCGCGGCCCGUCCGUGCUGCGGCAGCAGUUCGGAGCGUUUGCAAAGUACGGCGACACCAAGUCAGACGGCUCGGCCAUCACGCUCUCACAGUCGGAUAAGUGGAUGAAGCAGGCCAAGGUGAUCGACGGAAGGACGGUCACGACUACCGACACCGCCAUCGCCUUCAAAAAGUUCAAGCAGCAGAAAAUCCAUUUCAAGGAGUUCCAGAAGUUCCUUGAAGAGCUGGGCACAAGUAAAAAGGUGGCACCGGGCAAAAUGAAGGAAAAGCUGGCCAACUGCGGGCCGCCCGGUCACAAAAGCAACGCCAGCCCGGGCACCAAGAGUAACGUGUACGACCGUCUGUGUGACGUCAGCAAGUACGGCGCGUCACACCGGCUACGAUUCGACGAGCACGGAAAGGGCCGCGGUGCCCCCGGCAGGAAGGACAUCCACACCGACUCCGGCUACGUCCACGGCUAUAAGAACCAGAACACCUACCAGAAGCAGCACUGAGUGGCCGCAUCAGAGUAUACGGCGACGGAGUCAUGGAGAGCGUUCGCCUGUGAGGUGUGGCCACAACUGCCGCGCUCAGAGACAGUUCGCAUUGUCCGUCCGCAAGGCGACUCUUGACCGAACGGGCCGCUAGUUCGACUGCCACGGACGGCUGUAUCUACUGCCACGCGCAGUUUAGUCUCAGUCGUUGCAAACGGCAGUCUUUGUCUCUCGAUCGCCUCCCAGACAGCAAAGGGGCGUCGAACACAUCAGCGCUUAUGGACGCCACACAGUGUUCGAACUGUCUUCGGGUGUUCCUCCACCGUGUUACCAAGCAUCCAGCUGAGAUGAGUGGAAGCUCGAGACUGAGAGGACUGAGUGGCGCGGCAAGGGGUAGGGGAAUGCGUCCCGAUUGCCACGCGACCGCCACAGAUGCUUUAGAUGUGCUUCAAGAGACGAAAUACGCGGAGAGGGUGGUUUAACAGGUGAACAGUGGCUAGAUGUUUAUAAUCUCACAAUGAGAAGUAUCACCGGAGAAUGCCUGUGAUUUUACUAUAGGUUUACUUCGAGGCGUGACGCUUAAUCUAGAUAUUUAGGUUCCGAGAUGUAAAUAACUUAUCGCAUCUAUUGCGCUGCCUGGUUAAACUGCCUAGUUUUGGACGGAGCCAGGGUAACCAGCCAGAGGGCCCGAGUGUGCGAUCUCGACUGUUGUCACCGGCGAGGUGCAGACUAACAAUAAGAGAUCGAAGAGAAAAGGUAGAAAUCAAAGGUAGAAUGAGCACAUGCACGUUGCCUGGUCACAGUGCCCGAGUUACCGAAUGGUAGAUGUCGUGUCUACCACAACAGGUAUAGAUAGUCGAUUAACACGGAAAAUAUCUACAACCACUGACUGCUAUAAAUAUGCAAUGACAUUGUUAUUUGCGGAUCACCAAAGUUCUUAACAAAGCCUGUUUCAUUUACCCGCAAUUAUGCAAACACUUGGAAAUGGGACAGCAGAAAUAUCACCCGACUUUUUGUGCUUGCCUGGUUUGUCAGUUUUUAUACGAGUAAGCGUAAUAUACCACCGUAUGUCCGUUUGGUCACUUGAUCACACAGCUUUGAUCGCCAUAUCUUUGCUGAUGCAGCUGCCCUAUAAUGGUUGACCUCCACUUACUAAACUCAUACCUACGAGUAUAUUAAAAAAUGGUCUUUUCUAAACCAGAAUCCAACAGUAACUCGCGCACACAUUCACGCUUUUGGGCACGAGUGGCGACAUGAUGCCUGUUCACCGGCUGCUGACGGUCUAAGGUUACAGCCGCUGACCGACUAUGGCCGUCCGGACACGGUCCCUCGUUCUGUGUUUGUUUGUGUGUAUGCGGCCGCCGCCCGCACCUGAGCUGUCGUCACUGCGAGCCGUGACCGAACGCCAGUCGACAGCGCACAUGAAUAUGGAUCAGUGGGGUGAACAGUGGGCCCAAAUGGGUCAGUCGACCCGGGGGUGAACGCGGCGCUGGAACGCAACCAGCGAGCGAGACUGGGUCGAUAUUCGUCCCCAUGUGCCCGGAUAGUUCAAAAGCUUACAGCUUUCGCCAAAUGAGUCUAUGCAGCUAUGAGCAUGCGAGUGUAGGAAGUUAAGUCCUUCCUGCCGGCCGAUACUGUACAGUUACCUGAUAAGUCAACAGGCAUUAGCACACUUCUAUCGAAGCUACACGAUCUAUCGCCGGCAUUACCGCUUAUCACCGAAAGUCAAACGGUACAAACGGCUCCAGUGUAUGGCAAUAUGUGCAAGGCGACACACGACGCUGGCUUAUCACCAAAGGCUAAACCGAAACAGUCCUUGCUGAUUGCUCCAGUGCUAUUCACCUGGUCAGGGUCGCCGCAGUCUACGCAAUCUGUGCCGUUAUAGCGGCCCAGUGACAUAUUGUACUCCCGCCUUCGCAAUGCUGCCCAAGCGUACCAAUCGCUGUAAUCUAUGCGCGUAGUAUCUGUAGAUUUCUGUUCGUAUGUGUACCUACGUUGUGCGUGGCGAAAUACAUGCAAUUCAUUUUCCA